UUAUAUGAUGCUUGAGAAGAUAGGAAACGGGUCCUACGGGAACGUGUACCAGGUUUAUAAGAAAGAUACAGAGCAGUUCUUCGCUUGUAAGAAGUUUAAAUAGAAUUUUUAAGUCAGAGAAAGAUUUGGCAAAGGAAGUUGAGGUUGAGGUACUCAGAACACUUGACCAUCCUAAUAUAAUUAAGGUCGAAGACAUCAUUUUUGAGAAAAAGACAGGAAGAUUGCAUAUAAUUAUGGAGCAGGGCAAGAAGAAUGUUUAAUGAAGUUAUGGAAGAUAAGAAAAAUAUUGGAGCAAGAUUUGAUGAAGAGACUAUAAGGAGCUACAUGAAGCAACUUGUAAGUGCAGUAGGACAUAUGCAUGAGAAAGGAUUCUUUCACAGAGAUCUCAAACCUGAAAAUAUGAUACUUGUUGAAGGAAGUGAUUUAAAGCUAAUUGAUUUUGGAACUUGCAUGAGAAUCGACAAAAUUAAAGAUAAAGAACCGUUUAGUGAUUAUGUGUCGACAAGGUGGUAUAGAGCCCCAGAAUGAAUACUCAAGUUCCCAAAGUAUGACGAGAAGGUUGACAUAUUUGCAAUUGGGUGAAUAAUGGCAGAGUGAUACCGAAUGACUCCGGCUUUCUGUGGUAAAAAUGCUCUUGAUCAACUAAGAAUAUAUUGAUAUGCUCUCGGCUUCCCUAAAAAGAGCGAGUGGCCAGAAGCUUAUGAAAAGGCUGAAAUCCUUGGGUUUGAAAUACCCCAGCUACCUAAAAGAUCAAUAUCUUUUAAAGUUGACCAUGCAUGUCCUGAAGCCAUCGAUCUAAUGGAUAUGAUGCUCAGUCUCAACCCCUCAGAUAGGCCCGACAUAAAAACUAUUCUAGAGCAUCCAUAUUUCACAGACUUUGAAGAUUCCUCUAAUCCAUUCAUCUCUCCAGUCAGAACACCAGAUAAAGGAGAUGCUUUUUCUUCUCAUCAGAUUUUCACUGAACCUUCAUUCGGAGGAGAAUCAAUGCCAAGUUUUGGUAGCACAUUUAAAGAUGAACCUCCUUAUAGAGGCAUGCAAUAUUCUCCUGUUGAUAAAAAUGAUAUUUUUGCAUCUGGCUGCCACAACUCCCAUAAGAAAGCAAAAUCAGAACUAAAUGAUGGUGAUGGACUUCCUCCUCAGAGAAAGUUCUCCCAUUCUUAUGAUAAAGGUUGUUUCUCGAAAUAAAGCUAAAAGCCAGCAUGAAUUAGACAAUCAUGAAACCGGAUUUGGAGGGUUCGGUGCUUCAGAAUUUGAAGAUUUCAAAGCACAGCAAAACAGUAAGAGCCAGGCAGUGAUGGAUGAUGAAAUAACGAAUACAGAUACAGCCAUCGACAACUUUGCUGACAAAAACAAGAGACAUAAUGAUAAAUAGCCUCCCUUCGUUCGGAAGCCUCGUUGCUGAGUCAAGUGUAGUCGAGCCAAACAGAAGGAAGUCCCAGUACGUUCCGAAGAGUCAGCCUCUCGGUGACCACAAGCCAGCGGCACGCAGCGCAUUCGGCAAAGCACAUGAAGAAGUCAAACACGAACAAGCUGCAGUGGGGUCCAAGGCAAUUCCGGACGACUCUCCUGAGUUUGCAGGUUUCGGCAAUUAUAUAUCAAGUUCUUCUAAAAUGAGUAUGGAAAGUAAGGCAAAGUCAAUUCCUAAAAAGCAGUCUAUCUGAGACGAUGACGAGCUGUUCUUCGCACAGUAGAAGGCCUGGCUCUUGAAUAAUGAUCUAUAUUGGUUAUUUAAGCCAAUGAGGAUGGUAUAAAUAAUACAAUAUGAUACUUCAACCUUC